AUGUCUCAUGCUGCUCCUGCAGUUCUGACGACCCUGAAGGCAAAAGGUUCGAUUGAGCGCCACAAGGCUCGUUUAGUGGCGAAGGGGUUCAACAGGUCCUUGCUAGAUGUGCACAAUGCUUUUCUGAAUGGUAACUUGGCUGAGACUGUUUAUAUGCGUCAACCCCCAGGAUAUACUGAUGAACAGUCCCCUAAUCAUGUUUGCUUGCUAAAGAGUUCUCUGUAUGGUCUCAAACAAGCUCUUAGAGCUUGGUUUCAUCGCUUGCAUGCCUUUUUGUAUGAUCAGAAUCUAGUAAAUAUGUUACUAUCUAAAUUGCCUGCAACCUUUAAGAUUAGAGAUCUUGGUGAACCUGGUUUUUUCUUGGUAUUGGAACUGUUAACCAGGAUGGUGGUUUGUUGCUCUCUCAACAGAGAUUUUUAUGAUGAUCAUACUCAGUACAAGAGUUUAGCUAGGCCACUGCAGUACCUAACUAUCACACGUCCGGACCUGUCUUUUGAUGUAAAUCAGCUCUGCCAGCGUAUGCAUACACCCACGGUGUCACAUUGGGCUCAACUGAAACAUGUACUGAGGUAUGUCAAGGGUACUAUUACUUAUGGUCUAUGUAUACAUAAGUUUGUGACAAAUGAUCUUCAUGUUUUGUCUAAUUCUGAUUGGGUUGGUUGUCCUGAAGAUCGCAAGUCAACUAGUGGUUAUAUUGUUUUUCUUGGUUCCAAUCUGGUUUCUUGGGUUUGUAAGAAACAAAGGACUAUGACUAGGUCUUCUACAGAGGCUGAAUAUAAAGCUCUAGUAGAUGUAUGUGCUGAGGCUUACAACCAGUUGGAGCUACAUUUUCUUGAAUCAAUCUUGAAGAUUGGGUCUUAA